AUGGCAAAUGCCCAAAAAUAUUUAAACACAAACUAUCCUUCUGAAAAAAGACCAGAAGUUAUUGCAAUAUCUAUUAAAGGUAAAAAUUUAGAAGGUCAAUUAACAAUUAAAGAUUUUCCUAACCUCAAAAAAAUUGAAUGUGGUGGCAACAAAGAACUUACUAGCAUCGAACUCGAUAAUCUGCCUGAAUUAAACUACUUUCAUGCUAAUAACUGUCAACUUACAGACAUAAAAGUUAGUAAUUGCCCUAAUAUCACUUAUUUCAAUAUUGCUAAUAACUUACUAGUUGACACUAAGUUUUUAGAUGGAUUAAAUCCUGAAAAGUUGACUGUUUUAAGCAUUCAUACUAAUAAUUUUCACAAGCAGAACUUAUCGUUUGUUAGUAAAUUUAUUAAACUUCAACAGUUAUUUCUCGACAACUGCGAUGAGGAAAAGUUCGAAAAAGGUAUAUUUAACAAAUUCAUUGGUUCGUUCAAACCUUUACAAGAUUUAACUGAGUUAGAAAUAUUAAGCAUUGGUAAAACUGACAUUGAUUCUGGUUUAGAGUAUCUGCCAGAAAGUUUUCGAAAAAUUGGUCUGACCACUUCUUUUCAAGCAGAUAUCACUGGCUGUGUUAAGAUUCGUCAAGAAUUAGAAGCUGUCACUCGUAUUGAAAAAGUAACAGAAAAAUUGAAAAAAGAGCAAGAAAAUGGAGAUCCAGCUUGA